AUGGCUGACACGCACCCGCCACCAAUCACCGCCGCGGCAAACGACGCCGUGUCGGUUCCGUCGAAGGAGCGUCUCAGCACAAGAUGCUGCUACUGUCUCUGCAAAACCUUGUGGAUCUUUGUCGUCCUCAUUAUCAUCCUCGUCAUGCUUGUGAUUUUGGUUUUAUACAUCAUCAUCACACCCCGCUCCUUCAGAUUCCACGUCACUGACGCGAGGCUCACACAGUUCGAAUACACUGCAAACUCCACCCUUCGCUACAACCUCGUACUCAACAUCACAGCAAGCAACCCUAACAAGAAGCUCAAGAUCUACUACGACGUCGUUCAGGCCCACGCGCUCUACGAGGGCGUUAGGUUCGCCACCACCGACGUCAACAUGCCCUGGAACUCCUACCUUCAGGACAAAAAGGGCACCAACCUUUUCAGCGCGGUUUUCUCGGGACAACGUGUGAUGGUGUUCGAUCGGGACCAGGUUUCUCAGUUUGAUGAAGAUAACAAAGAUGGGGUGUUCCCUAUUGAUGUUAAGAUUCGUUUUACUGUGAGGUUCAGGCUUGAAGAUUUUCAGUUUGGGUAUAUCUAUCCCAGAGGAAUGUGUGAACUUAGAGUUCCUUUGACUUCUACGGAGGAAAAGGUGGCUCCGUUUAAACCCAGCAAGUGCCAAAUUGAUUUCUGA